AGUUUGAUAAAGUUCAGCACUUUUCAGAGUCAAAGACAAAAACUGACACAGGACCGGCAGCUAAUGUCUUUGGAGAGAGACUAUGAUUCAAGAAACAAAAUUUAUAGCACCCAGCUCGUGAAGUCCAACAUUAUGAUAUCUGAUGAAAUUUAGUCCAGGAUCCAGGUAGGACUUCCAGUUCUGUCCUAUCCCUAUCAUCCGUAAAGCAAAUCUCAAACCUCUUGGAAAUGGCUAAGCUGUUGGCCAGCACGGCAUGAGCUUUCGUUCAUCACCUUAGAAAGGAUAGUAUUCAACUGUGAUGUCAGCAGAAAGAAGUGGAUUGCGUGAUGUCACAUCUGUUAGGAAUAUCCUAGUGGCCUCUAGCAGGGGAACUUGUUGCCUUUGGUGAGAAUACAGCGUGGGGGCAAUGUCCUGAGGUGUCUGCAGAAGUCUCACUGCUCUGAACAUGGUGAAAGAGCAUUGGAUUAGAAUGGGAUUAAAAUGUUGGUCCUUACCCUCUGGUUUUUCACUCCUCUAAUCAGCAGCAUCCAUGCAGAGUGUGGCCUCAGACCAUCUCACCAGCCUUCUCUGGGGAAUGGUGGAAGGAUCAUAGGGGGGACAGACGCCAAUGCUGGUGAUUUCCCCUGGCAAGUGAGCAUCCAGAGCAAAGGGAGACAUUUCUGCGGAGGCACCAUCAUCAGCAGCUGGUGGAUUUUAACCGCGGCACAUUGCUUUGUGAAAGAGCUGCCACCAGAUCUCACUGUUGUGGUGGGGGGCAUAGACCUGAGCCACAAGCUGGAAAAGAAAAAGCUGGACAGCUUGAUUCUCCACGAAAACUUUGACAGUGAGAGCAUGGAAAAUGAUAUUGCUUUGAUCCUGCUUGACUCUCCCAUCCAACUCAAUGAACAGAAAAUGCCCAUCUGCUUGCCCUUCAUAAGUGACCUCCACGUAUGGAAAGAUUGCUGGGUUGCUGGAUGGGGCACCACACUUGCAGGGAUCUCGGUGGCGGCAUCCCAGGUGCUGCAGAAAGUGGAGGUGAAGCUGAUCAGCAGGGAGCAGUGCUUGGAGUGGAUCCCGCAGCUAGCGGACGGCAUGCUGUGCGCUGGCCUCGAGGAAGGAGGAAAAGACGCCUGCCAGGGGGACAGCGGGGGACCGCUGGUUUGCACCCAUGGGAAUACCAUGAAGUGGUUCGUCAUCGGCAUCGUCAGCUGGGGAGAAGGUUGUGGAGAAAAGCAAAGCCCUGGGAUCUACACGGCUGUUUAUAGCUACCUCGACUGGAUCCAGAUGGAGACAGCUAGAGACGGGAAACCCUUUAUUCCAGAAGGCAUGGAAAAUACUGCAAAUAACAUUGAAGUUCCUUCCAGUGCUAAGGCACAGCUGGAGUUUCUUGAGUCUCCUCUCCUUUUGUUUAUCUAUUUUAUAGCAAUUAGAUUACUCUAGAGAAGAUUUUUCAAAACAUAAUAAAAGUCAGGGCUAUUGUCUCGUCCUUCUUUUUGCCACUGAACCAUAUAUUAUGUCUCGGGUCAGCCUGCUCCAGCUUACUGACAUGGAUGUAGACACCAAAAUGAGAGAUGCGAUGGUGAGAUGGCAAGCUGUAGGAGCAUGGCUGCUUGCUGAAUUCGUCACUGUGUCCCUACGCUAGAAACAAGGAAGGGAAGGUGCUGGCUGGUGUUGGCCACUGACGGCAGGACUAUAAUACUGGCAUUUGAAAGUGUAGCUUAAUAUAACCAGUCAGUCUUAUUUAUCUGGAUUGCCAAUGCUGGGCUUUGUUCAGCAAAAUCUGGCUGGCGGGAGAGAACUACCCUGAAAAUCUACAAAAGCCUCUUGGUUUGGUAAUUAGCCAAAAUCCCUGAGUACAUGGGUUCUGAACCCCAAAUAGGGAGUAUCUGGCUGCUUUCUCUGGGCUCGAACACAACCUGAAUUUGAGCUCUUUUUCCUUUAUCCUCUAGCCAGGCAGGCUCUCUGUGCACUGUGCAGAGUGGCUGAUAAAUAGCAUGCAAACAAACGACAAAUCAAAAGCAAAUAGCAUUCUUCUCUAUGAUAGAGGUCUAUUACUUGCAUUUCUGAGAUGUCCAGUUCCCAGCAAAACCAGCCUGGGCUGGGACUGAGCUGGUCCUUCAUGCAAGGCCGUCCUGCACUCUCCAACAGCAAAGUGCAUUGUGAAAUGCUUUUUGGUUCUCACAAGAAGGUUGCUUUUCUUGAAAGUGAUGGGGAAGGAGGCAUGCAGCAAGGUCUCCUUCAUGUCCCACCUUUGCAAUGGCAUAAAAGCACCUGUAAUUUGCAGCAAUGAUAAAACUCAGUGAAUGUGCAAUGGGACAGAACCUCACAAAUUGGUUUUAAUUACCUUGAUACUUUCUGGCUAGCUGGUGGAGAAGCCUUGUAAAUGAGAAUUAAUUCAUCUACCUUAAGCUAAUGCAAACCCAUCUUGGCAUAAAAGUCAGACUUUAUUUUCUGUGUUAUCUGAGCAGAAAAUAAUGCUUAAUUAUUAUUAGUUCUGAGUAAUGUUUAUGAAAAUUGCUCCACAUUAAUUUCACAUGGCUGACUGGCUAAUGGAUACAUAAGGGUCUUGUAACUCUUUGCAAAAAGACUAAUAAAAGCUAAAAACAAGGGGAAUAUAUUACUUUAGCAGCUAUUAGUAGUAGACAGUGUCUGCUGGCAUUAAUACUCAUAUUUAUUUUCCUUUCUAUUAAUAAUAUAUCAACAGAUUCUAGAAGCUAUGGCAGGGGCUGGACGUCAGGAAAUAUUUCCUAAUGCUGCAAUCUAUUCAGCUACCGAAUUGUUUCCCCCAAAGGAAAUGAGAGAUGUCCUCCCGCUUGAAUUAUUUUAAUGUAGUGAUUGUAUAAAGCACUCUCGUCUAGAGCACGUGGCACAGAAAAAUCUUGUGCUUAGAGGGAACUGCAAAAAGACCCACUAGGUCUUUUCCAUCAGUAGCAUUUGCAAGCUGAUAAUGGUCUAUGUUAAAUGAAGGCAAUGCUACUUAGUGGUUAUAGCAGGACACUGCGGCUAUGGGGUCUGGUCUGCUCUGCUGCUCCUUUACUGGAUGGCCUUGGGGAAAGUCAGUUUGUGCCACUUGCCUCAGUUUCCCCACUUGUAAGUUGAGACCACAAAAGUGAUUCACUUUGCUGUGUGGAAACAUCCGUUCUGCAAAUACAAACCAGCUAUGUAGCUACGCAAUAAUAAAUAGCAGAGGCCUUCUUCUCCCUAUUUAAAACAUUGCUGAGAUAAUCAUUUUCAAAUGAAUUUGUCUUUGCUACUACAUACACUGUUCAUUUAUUCGUGUGAGAAUGGAAAUGUUUCUCUGGUAUUUCUGUGAAGUAAAUAGGUCUGAUGAAACUACGCUGAUGAACGUACUUCCUUCCAAAAAUAUUUGCGUUGUGAGAGAGCACAUCACCUUGGAUUAUGCUUUUGACGGGAUGUGUUGGAGUCAUACAAAAUCAAAAUGCAAUAAAUCA